CUCAAGCCAACUAGUACUAACAGUCGUAGUAGUACCUAAACUCACCUGCCAGAUAACUUAACCCAAGUAAUAACAUGUCUCUUCCACUUCGCAAGAUCCGCGAUACUCCCGUAACGGCUAUUGGCUGGGGAGCUAUGGGCAUCUCUGCAUUCUAUGGUGCCGUUCCCUCGGACGAGGAACGGUUCAAGGUCUUGGACGCUGUCUAUGCAAGUGGUUGUACGUUCUGGGACACCGCUGACCGUUACGGAGAUAGCGAGGACCUCAUAGGUAAAUGGUUCAAGCGCACCGGAAAACGAAACGAUAUCUUCCUCGCCACUAAGUUCGGCUUGGACUCUAACAUCCCCGGCCGCACCGUCUGCGGUGACCCCGAAUACGUGCCUAAAGCCUUCCAGAGGUCUCUUUCCAGGCUGGGUACAGACCAUGUGGAUUUGUACUAUUUGCAUCGUCCGGACCCUGAAGUCCCUAUCGAGCUCACUGUUGGAGCGAUGGCUGAGCUCGUGAAAGCAGGCAAAGUGAAAUACCUCGGCCUCUCUGAAUGUUCCAUAGAGACACUUCGUCGGGCUCAUGCCGUUCAUCCCAUUUCCGCCCUUCAAGUGGAGUAUUCCCCCUUCACUCUCGAUAUCGAGGACGAGAAGGUUGGUCUCCUUAAGGCGGCUCGUGAACUUGGAAUCACGAUCAUUGCCUACUCGCCUUUGGGCCGGGGUAUGCUAACUGGUCGAUACCGUUCCCCGGAUGACUUUGAGGAAGAUGACUUCCGUCGACUCGUCCCUCGCUAUUCCGCGGAUAACUUCCCGAACGUCCUCAAAAUCGUCGAUGGCUUGAAGGCUAUCGGAGAACGCCACGGUGCAACGGCUGGCCAAAUCGCCUUAGCCUGGGUUCUCGCACAAGGAGAAGACGUGAUUCCGAUUCCAGGAACUUCCAAGAUCGAGAAUCUCAAGGAGAACCUCGGAGCGCUCAAGGUGAAGCUCACGACGGAUGAAGUCCAGCAGAUUCGGGGUCUUGUGAACAUAGCCAGUGCCGGGCAAGGUGAUAGGUACCCUCCUGCUCUGGCCGCGGUUUUGUUCGGAAGCACGCCUCCCCUAUCGAAGUGAGAACAUGCAGGUUCCGCGUUGAGGUUACGAGAAGUAAAAUCUAUGCGUCUAGUAUCUGUACAACAAUAUACCCUCCACUUCUGCCACCAACAUCCUUCG